AUGAGAGUUCAAUGUCCGUCGAAGCUUUUGCUCAGGCCAAUUAAGUCAUGUAAAAUUUUAAUCGGCUAUGUAGAGAUUUCUAAUAUUGGUUUAUUUGCUGGUUUCACAUCCUACCAAUCAGGCCUGCGUCGGACAGAUUCUACUUUGAAAACUCGUAUCCCUGAUGUUCUAGCAAGCGGGAUUCUUUUCUUCAAAAAAGGAUCUUGCAAAGUUGUCCCAGAAAUUAUCUCUAGCUCCAAUCUUGAAUUUGAUGCAGCAAUAAGAGAUGACCUGACGUGGAAUGACGCUCACAACUUGGCUUCCUUUCUGGGACAACAACUACGCAACCUUCAUUCACUGCCAUAUCCACAAGUCAAACGUCCUGAGUUGUUGAAUGCGAAUGAUGGUCAUGAGGAGUUGAAUAUUCCACCAGAAUGGAAAGUUUUUGUCGAUGUUCUGCGCCAAAGGAAGAAGGAUGUCACUGGUCGUCUGGAAAACUGGUACCCUCUUCUUAAAGUGUUCUUCACCUAUCCUCAUAACUCCGGGAAAUCCUAUUCCUCGGGCUCUGAUGAACAAGAUAGACGAAUACAUUCCCUUGUAGAUUUGCUCCAUGUGUUCAAGGGGGUCAGUCGACUUUCGGGUGGUCAAUCUCCUGGUACUGGGUUUGGUCUAACAAAUCCUGCACAGGGCUCAACUCCAGCAUUUAACAUGGGUGGGAAUUUUAACAAGAAUCAGAGUCAUCUCCCCUGUUUAGCUAUUUGGACUAGUUCUCUGUCUGUACAGAAUACCAAUCCUGCAUUUCCCCAGCCUAACAAUUUCAGUACACCUUCCACUGGAUUUGAAAAUAUGUAUGUUUUCAAGCUCUCCAUCCUUAACUACAAGCAACUCUCCCUUUGGACAUCCAAAGGCAUUGAUGAAGAGAACUCCAAUACACCAAAGGCUGAUACCCUUUUCAUUCCAAGGGAAAACCCUAGAGCAUUGUUUGAGCACCGCCAAAGGAUAAACCGACCCCGCUGCAGGAGAAUGGCUUCCAUGAGAGACGGAUGUUCACUUCAACUCGACCUGGAAACGUUGGUUCAGUUCAAUACCCGAGAAGUGAUUGUGUUCAUGGACGAGAGCCGAAAACCGCCACCGCCAGUUGGUGAAGCACUGAAUAAGCCAUGCGGAAGUAACUUUGCUGAAUAUAAAAUGUAUGGACAAGAAAAGCAAGUGACGGAAGGAUUGAGAUUGGACAAGUAUAAGGAAAUGCUCAAGAGGAAAGCCGAGGAACAAGGAGCUCAGUUUAGGGUCAAGCAUUUCGUUUCAUUUCAGUUUGUUCUCCCCGUCACCAGGAUGAAUGGAGAAGAAAGCCGAGGAACAAGUAUCGAGCUUGGACAAGUAUAA